AAAGUACUAAAUUCAGUAUAGGCGUAACUCUCCAAUACACUAUGGUUCCCCCUUCGUUCUCGGAUCUUGGUAAAGAUGCACGGGACUUACUCUUUAAAAAGUUUUAUUUUGGACUGUAUAAUAUUCACUGCACGACAAAGAAAAAUGACAUUGAGUUUAAAGCCGAUAUUAGUGAUGGACCUAAACCAAAUAAGAUGCAUUUCAACCUGCAGGAAAAGUUCUCGUUUCCACAAUAUGGUCUAACAAUGACGAAAAAGUGGUCUUCCAACAAUCUAGUUGAUGGAGAAAUAGUAUUUGAAGACAAAUUAGUUGGCGGGUUGAAACAAACUUUUCAAAUUUCUCGCGAUCCUUUUCAAAAGUAGGACACUCUCAUUAACUAAUUACUUAGUUGUUUUCAUGCCAAUUUAAUCAAUUCUUUUCGAAACAAGCAUGUGAAUUCUAACGUCGAAAUGUUCUUCAAGUCUGCUAUCCCUGAUUUGUCCCCAUCUUUUGUUUUUAAUUACCAAGGCUAUUUGGUUGGUGCAGAUGUUAAAUUGGAUUGUACAAAUCAAAUUUUACAAAAAGCUAAUUUUUCUGUCGGUUACACAGUACAAGAUUUUAGUUUUCAUGGUUUAAUUACAAAUUGGGGUAAACAAUUUUCAGCCAGCAUCUUUCAACGUAUAACUGAUCGACUGCAUAUAGCAGGUUCAAUUACAUGGAAACGUGUUCCAGAUGAAACUGUUUGGGCUGUUGGAUCACAAUAUAUAUUAGAUAAUCAGAAAAAGCAUUCUGUGAAAUUGAGACUAGAUCAUUUAAAUCAAAUCAGUUUGGCUUUUACAACAUAUUUAUCAAAAAGUCUUCAAUUGACAUUGAGUGGAGUUUUCAAUGGUUCAGAUUUGACAAAAAUGGGUAUUGGUUUAGAAUUGAAUGCUUAAAACAUUUAUGAACAUACUAAUUUUUCUAUGAAUUAAAAUAAAACAAUAUGACUAUGUAUCAAUUAUAGAUGUAAAACAAUUAUGAAUGAAUUAGUUCACUUUCUCUUUACCCCGGUCUCAUCGUUACAAUCAUUCUUUCAUCAAAUACAAAAGUAUUAGUUAUUUAGAUUGUUCAUGUUGACAAUUUAUUCUCUUAUUUCAUUCAUGGUUAUGUUGCUUCUUUGUUGUCCAACUGUUUUCUUUCCACCACCACUACCACCACUUCUCAACUAUUUAGUCUAUAUACUGCCAUUACAUUAUCCAAGUGUAUAUGACCUUUUGUAGGUGUGUUUUGCCUCUGCUUUUUUUUCUAAAGAUUUUAUAUUUAUUUAUGAGAUUACAUAUUAAGUUGAAUCUCUUAAAAGAAUCUGUAUAUCAUCAUAAAUAUAGAUAGUUACAUGUAAA